CUGAACAACGAUUUGCACUGACUUGCCCCGCAACCCCUGUGACCUUGCCAAAGUGCUCAGGUGUAAAUGCCUGCAACGUGAGAGUUGAGCUGGUGUGCUGUUGAUUGAUGGCACGUGACCGCGUGAGGGGAUCCAAAUCGCUUAACUGCGACCUCGCUCCUCGCUCCUCCCUUCUGCGAAAGAUAGACAAGCUACUGUCAACAAGCAGCUUCGUUUUGCGCAACCGGAUACCGCCACUGAACACCGACUUUUUGCCAUGCAACGAGCAAAGGGCGUAUCCGUAAGCUUCAUGAAGGAAAUCGGCUUUUCGCGGCCCACUCGUGGGAAGAGCAACCCUCACAGCCUGUCGCCGUCCUUACCUGGGAUAAGAUAGGCGCUCUUUCGAACCUCUGGCCAAUCGAUCUUACCUUCGUGCUGUCAUGCGAUACGUGAGACUGGUCUUCAGCAUGCACUUGCGCUCAGCUUGCACCUCGUCGGACUAGAAUGUCACGUUCUGCUGAUCUUGAACAACGACGUCAUCCCAUGGGAGCAGGCGGAGAUC